CGCGGCAACUUUAUCAUUGCCUUCAGUGAAGACUUGGUCCCAAUAAAUUCCCGCCUUGUUAUCACUUUUCAAAUUCCAGCACUCCGAAUAUCUAGCUGCAAGUCUGUGUCAGGAAAUAACUUCAUUCGAAUUGUAGCAAGUUAUCGCUAAUGCAAGAGACAGCGCACAGCACAGUCGACCAUGGAUUCGCCCCGAGACAUAACAGUGAUGGCCUAUCCAGAAACGGUACACUGGAACUUGCCAAUCAGUCUGCUAGAUUUCGAGAAAUUGAAAGACGGAUUUGAGGCCCAUACGAUGGAGGAUAAAUGGGAAGUCAAGUCGACUUAUUCCAAAGAAAGCAAUUCGUACUGUGCGACCUGGACGCGAAGUUGGACAGAUACGCCAUUCUACGCCCUUGUCCUCCGACGCAAUCUUUCCAAGAGUGUUGGUCCCAUAAUCGAGUCCGUGGUGUUUGAGUCAUUCACGUAUGCCGCUAUCCAUAUCACCGCAGAAAUGGCGAAGAAGGAAGUAGUUUGGCUCGCCCGAGGCGUCCUCGCAUGCGACAUUGAAGCGUAUCCGGAGAUCGACAUCGACGAAGUGUUCAAUUACCCUUUGCAAGAUCCGACGGACACUGAACUAGCACCCGAAGAGACUGCCCCGACUAGUUAACAGGGUCUUCUGCGUGAAUCAAGCGUGCUUGCUUGCACUUUCUACAGUUCAGACUCGACGCAGGCUGGCCCUCCAGCCUCCUGGCUCGUGUGGCAAUGAGCCUCUCAUCAAUACAUGAGGCUUUGGUGGGCGACGCAAGAGAUACCGCCGCAUCAUCUGGGGUGCGCGCUGAG